AUGGCAAGCUCGACAUCCCCUCCUCCACGCCCGCAAGCCGAGAUGGCUCCUGCUUUCCGAGAGCACAGACCGAUGAUUGUCGGCGGCGAUCAACCAGAGGAGCCUUUUCCCAUGCUCCUCGAAGGCGUCGUCACAAGAGGAUUCGGGCGAGGUGCUCGCUUCCUCGGUAUCCCAACAGCCAACCUGCCCGACUCCUCCCUCGCACCCCUCAACGACCUCCAAAUGACAGGCAUCUACUAUGGCUUUGCCCGCGUCCUCCCUUCCACCUCGACCCCACAUGCUACUGCCCCAUCUACCCCAUCUUUAUCGGAUACACACCACUCCUCCCCCUUAUCGGCAUCGACGAUCCAGUCAAUGCCGGCGGCAACGGCGCCAUACCCGCCCGAUAGUGUGGAAGGGGAUAUAACAAGUCCGAAGAGGUUGGAUAAGGAGGAUGGGAGGGUAUGGCCGAUGGUCAUGAGCGUGGGCUGGAACCCGUACUUUAAGAAUGAGAAGAUCACAGCGGAGGUCCACAUCAUCCACCCCUUCUCUCAUGACUUUUACGGGCACGACAUGUCCGUACUGGUACUGGGAUACAUAAGACCAGAGUUGGACUAUACGUCAAAAGAUGCUCUGGUCCAGGACAUUCAGACGGACGUCAAGGUCGCGCUGAACUCACUGGCCCGGCCCAGUUAUGCCAAGUUGGCGCUGGACCCGAGGCUCACGGGGGGACCAGCCCACAGGUGGGACCUGUCGUGA